CACCCACACCACCCACACCCACACCCUCCAUUGAAAAUAGGCGGUAUGUUGAUGAUUACCAUCAUGAUAAUAUAAGAAAAAUUUAUUUUAGGACCAGGUCACAUUGUUCAAAUUGAUGAAUCAUGUUUUGGAAAACGGAAAUAUCAACGUGGUCGUUUAUUGAACAGUCAAUGGGUCUUUGGUGGUAUUGAUAUCGUCACAAAACAAUGUUUUGCAGUACCAGUUGAUAAUCGUGAGGCAGCUACAUUAUUACCAAUAAUUCAAGAAUAUGUUUUACCAGAUACAACUAUUCAUUCAGAUGAGUGGAAAGCAUAUCACAAUCUCGGAAGAAAUCCAGAUUAUGUUCAUUUAACAGUCAAUCAUUCAUUGAAUUUCGUUGAUCGAACUACCGGUGUACAUACCCAGAAAAUUGAAAAUACCUGGAUGUUGGUCAAACGUAAACAUAAAAAACAAGUUGGAUUUUCUCGAACUUUAUUGGAAUCUUAUUUAAAGGAAUUUAUGUGGCGUCAAGAAUUUGGUGAUAAACCUUUGAAAAGCUUAGUUUUACAAAUUAAUACAUUGUAUCCUGUGGUUUAA